AUGAGUGGUUCACUACAUAGUUCGGGAUUUUCGACUAAAAGAUUCAGAAAUAUGCCACCACCAGAUAAGAAAAGUGUUACUAAAGGCAAAACUAUUCUUCAAUCUUAUUUAAAUUCUUUUGAUCAAGAUAAUGAAACAACUACAGUGAUUACGGUAAAUGGAAGCGGAGAUGAAGAGGCAGACACAGGCGUUACUUAUUUUGUAGAUGAGGAAGGCCGUUACUAUUACCAGCCUUCUGGUGACAGCCAAAAUCUUGUCUCAAUACCAACAGAAGUAACACAAGAAAAUGAAGAGAUUGCAGAGGAAACACAAAUGUUGGUUGAGGGAGAGAAUUAUCAAACAGUGACAUUGGUGCCAUCAGAAUCAUCAAAUGGUGAAGUCAGCUAUGUGUUAGUAAUGCAAGAAGAAAGUAAACCAGUUAUGAAUAUUGAUAUUAAGGUGGAUCAGGAGGAGAAGAGCAAUGAUGUAUACAACUUUGAUGAAGAAGAGGAACCAAAUGCAGAUGGCUCUGAUGAUGGAGAAGAGGGAACUAAGGUUAAAUCUUCUACAUCAUCAAAACGUGGAAAAUAUCUUCGGCCUCAUUUCACAUGCAAUUUUUGUUCAUAUACAAGUCAUAGGCGGUACCUUUUACUACGUCAUAUGAAAUCGCACUCUGAGGAGCGGCCUCACAAAUGCAGCGUAUGUGAACGUGGUUUCAAGACCAUUGCGUCUCUACAAAACCACGUGAACAUGCACAAUGGUGUCAAACCACAUGUUUGCAAAUAUUGCAAGAGUCCUUUCACUACUUCAGGAGAACUAGUGCGACACGUUCGCUAUCGGCACACUCACGAAAAACCUCAUAAAUGUACCGAAUGUGACUAUGCCUCGGUUGAACUUUCAAAGCUAAGGCGGCACGUUCGGUGCCACACUGGCGAAAGACCAUAUCAGUGUCCACAUUGCACUUACGCGUCUCAAGAUACGUUCAAACUGAAGCGGCACUUACGCACACACACCGGAGAGAAACCAUACAAAUGUGAUCACUGUAACUUAUGCUUUACACAAUCAAACUCUUUGAAAGCGCAUAAACUAAUACACAAUGUGUCCGAGAAACCAGUAUUUGCAUGCGAACUAUGUCCGGCAAAGUGCGGACGCAAAACUGAUCUACGUAUUCAUGUGCAAAAGCUGCAUACAUCUGAUAAACCCCUAAAGUGCAAACGAUGCGGGAAAUCCUUCCCCGAUCGAUAUUCAUGUAAAAUGCAUAACAAGACACAUGAAGGAGAGAAAUGUUUCAAAUGCGAAUUGUGUCCUUACGCAUCGACGACACUGCGUCAUCUCAAGUCGCACAUGCUGAAACACACUGACGAGAAACCCUUUGCUUGUGAUCUGUGUGAUCAAUCAUUUAGACAAAAACAGCUUCUUCGUCGUCACCAGAACCUAUAUCAUAACCCCAACUAUGAGCCAAAGCCACCCAAAGAGAAAACUCACACAUGCCACGAAUGUAAGCGCACUUUCGCACACAAAGGCAAUCUCAUUCGUCACCUCGCGGUACACGACCCAGAGUCGGACCACCACGAAAGGGCGUUGGCGCUCAAGUUGGGACGACAGCGAAAAAUCAAACUUGCUGAUGGAAAUGUUAAGUCUGAAGAGUCUGACAACGAGGAGCUAAUGAAGCUCGACCUGAACAACGAGCUGAAGCGCGGCGAGCUGGUGACGGUGGCUGACGGCGAGGGCCAGCAGUACGUGGUGCUGGAGGUGAUACAACUGGAGGACGGUUCGGAGCAGCAGGUCGCGGUGGUUGCGCCCGACUUCAUCGAAGAACAGGUAGACGAAGAAGAGGAGGAGGAAGAGGAAGAAGACGACAUGGAGGAGAAACUAGUUUUGCUUGAGCAAGCAAAGCAAAAGAAUUUAGAAAGGAGUAUUAAGCUCGAGAAGGAUGUGGACACAUGCUUUGGUUUUGAUGAAGAAGAAGAAGAGAAUGAGGAGGAAGAAGAGAUAUCUUACGAUGAAAAAGUUGUUUUACAUUUAGCU